AUGCUCUCAUCUUCCUCUUCAUCAAUCCCAACACCCUUGGUUGAUGCUCCCGAACAAGAGGUAGUACAACGCAAGACAGAGGAACUUGUUAUGACCCCAGAAAACAGUCCACUUCUCAAGCGUUCCAAAAACAAUUUUUGCAUACAGAGACAGGUCUCAGGAUAUCACUUUGAGGCGGAUUCACCUGUCAAACCAGUUGUUCAAAACACUCUUCACUUCACAAGAUAUACUGGAGCGCAUGAUCCUUUGCUCAUUGCAAAUGGUUCCAAAGUUGUUAUUGACAUUGGAACACUUGAAACCAAAGUUGGGUUACUCACGGACGACUCUCCUCGAAGAAGAAUUCCAAUGAGUGUCAAUGGCAACUUUUUCCUCACAAAAUAUCACUUGGAGGAGUAUGUCAACAAUAAAGAAGAUGAGGAAAAUUUCAGAACAAUUUUUAAAAUCAUUUACUCGGAAGUAUUACGACAAUGCAAACCAGAGGAUCACCCCGUCUAUUUCACAUUGAACACACAUUUAUUGAAGUGCAUCGACACAAUUCGAGGUGUAUUCACUUCUCUUGGUGUGAAUGUAGUUAAAUAUGUUGACCCUAUUUCUUACAUUUUUGGUGACCUGAGAGAAGAAGAGAGGACCGGCCUUGUUUUGGAUUUUGGGAGUUCUAUUUCUCUCAAAGCAGUCGUAUCUGGGGAGUGUGUCGAUUAUAUGGAAAUCGACAACCAUCUUUUCGAGGUAGCUUUACAUUUGCUCGAAACCAAAGGAAUUAAACCAACAACGCAAAAGGCUGCGCUUUAUCUCUGUGAUGGGUUCUGUUCUGAAAAAUUCAAUGAAGACACAAUUACUGUAGAUAAUGAAGUGAUUAAUGUGGAUAAAGAGGAUGUCCACAUAUUUGAAGAUACAAUAUUUGAUAACACUGCUUUUGUGGCCCUUUUUGGGGAGGUAUUGAGUUCUGUUGGAAUUACAAAGAAGCGUGCAUUGGCAAACAAAAUUUGUGUAAUAGGUGGGUGCUCGUUGGAGGGUAUUGAGUGUCGAGUUGAAAAGGAAUUGAAAAAGGCUGCGCCCGAAUUCCAUUUACAGACCAGAGAUUUCAAAGUUGAAAGAAAAGCGCGGACAUAUGAUAGCUGGUGGGAAGCCACAAAGUUGUGCUUACAGUCGAUGAAGGUAUAA